CGCAGUGAGGCUGCUAAUUCACUCUCCAUUAUCCACCCCCCCAGCCAGCGCUCAGACGAAGCCUGCUGCUAACCUCUGCCCAGGCAGGAGCCCAGAGGUUUUAGAGGUUGAACUGUGUGCGCAGUGUUUUCCCUGACUGGCUGCUAAAUAUGAAUGAUGUCAUUGAAAACCAAUCGGGCCUGGAGAAUAUAACAGAGUUUGAUCUUGUUAACUACAGAGAGCUGAAGAACCUCACGGUCACAUCAUGUAAGCUGAGACUCAUCUCUGCCACUGCCUUCCAGUACAACCUCAAGCUCCAGUAUGUGAACUUGGCAUCAAAUGCUCUGGAGCACAUCUCCUGGAGGGUGUUUCAUUUUCUACCACUGUUGAACCUGGUUUUGAGGGACAACCCUCUCAUUUGCUCAUGUGACCUCCACUGGCUGCAGCAGUGGCAGCAUAAUGAACGUGGCGACCUGGACAACCAAAUGUUGUCUUGUUUCUCUGAUGACCAGGAAGUACCCCUCAACUCUCUGGUGAUAGACAACUGCAGUCUGCCUGAGGUGACUAUUACCCCCUCCAAAGACAGGAUUCAAGAAGGAGGCAACCUGACAUUUGAGUGUCAAGUGACAGGAAAUCCCACUCCCACUGUGAGAUGGCGAACUGAGAAGCUCAACUCUAGCUUCUUUACCGAGGAGAGAGACUGGGGCUCACACUUGGAGCUGGUCCUUUACCUCACCAACGUUUCCUCCAAAGACAACUUGCGCAACCUGACUUGUGAGGCAGAGAACCAAGCUGGGCUCGGGGAUGACAUGGUGCAAUUGGACAUUGAGUUCCCAGUCAAAAUCAUCACCCUAAAAGAUGCUGAGCCGCAGCACCACUGGUGUUUCUAUUUUGCUGUGGAUGGCAAUCCUGAACCAACCAUCACCUGGCUGUACAAUGGCGAAAAACUGAUUGAGACCUUGUACGCAUACACCCAGUACAUCCCCGACUCAGGUGACGGAUCAGAGAAACACGGUUGUCUGUUCCUCAACAAGCCCACCCACAUCAACAACGGCCAGUACACUCUGAUUGUAGAGAACAAACUGGGAAGGGCUGAAGCCAGUGCCACCGGGAUGUUUAUGGAAAACCCCUUUGAACCACACAAUCCUGAGGGGAUAAUUCUUGUCGAUGAUGUGGAUCCAAUUCCUACAAACAAAUCCAACAUGGACGUUGCAGAGAACCCGGAGAGUCGAGUUUUCGUGGUGUCUGUGGCUGUGGGUCUUGCAGUGUUUGCCUGUAUUUUUCUUCUCAUUAUGGUUUUGGUUAUUAACAAGUGUGGCCAACAUUCCAAGUUUGGUAUUCACCGUUCAUCAGUUUUGGGUACAGAGGAUGACCUGGCUGUGUCGCUUCGUUUCAUGAACUUUGGAUCCAGCCCACCUUCCUCAGAUGAAGACUCUGGAUUAUCCAGCUUUGUAGAGAAUCCACAGUACUUCUGCGGCAUCAUCAAGGACAAAGACAUGUGUGUCCAGCAUAUUAAACGGCAGGACAUUGUGUUGAAGUGGGAGCUGGGUGAAGGAGCAUUUGGCAAAGUCUACCUAGCAGAGUGUGCCAACCUCAGUCCCGACAGCGACAAGAUGCUGGUCGCCAUCAAGACUCUGAAGGAUGCCAACGAAUCGACCAGACAGGACUUCCAGAGGGAGGCGGAGCUGCUGACGGUGCUCCAACACCAGCACAUUGUGCGAUUCUAUGGUGUCUGUACAGACGGAGAGCCGCUGGCCAUGGUGUUCGAGUACAUGAGGCACGGCGACCUCAACCGUUUUCUACGGGCUCACGGCCCUGAUGCUCGCAUCCUGGAGGAGUCCAAGCUGGCCCCUCUGGGUCAGCUCACUCUGCCCCAGAUGUUGCACAUCGCCGCCCAGAUCGCCUCAGGCAUGGUCUACCUGGCAUCGCUUCACUUCGUCCACCGCGACCUGGCAACCCGGAACUGUCUGGUGGGGGAGGGCCUAGUGGUCAAAAUCGGAGACUUUGGCAUGUCACGAGACAUCUACAGCACAGAUUACUACAGGGUGGGUGGACGUACGAUGCUGCCGAUCCGCUGGAUGCCUCCAGAGAGCAUCAUGUACAGGAAGUUCACUACGGAGAGUGACAUCUGGAGCUUUGGCGUGGUCCUCUGGGAAAUCUUCACCUAUGGCAAACAGCCCUGGUACCAGCUGUCCAACAGUGAGGCCAUUGAAUGCAUCACACAGGGACGGGAACUGGAGAGGCCGCGCACCUGCCCCAUGGAGGUGUACCUGCUGAUGCAGGGCUGCUGGCAGAGACAGCCCCAGCAGAGGAUGGUCAUCAAGGACAUACACAGCCGCCUACUGGCUCUGGUCAAGAACCCGCCAGUUUACCUGGAUAUCCUGGGCUAGAGGGGCCAAGAACCAAGCAGGAAGAGCAGGUCAGAGGCUGUUGAAGUUGGAGUGUUGAUUUGAUACUUCAGGUUCCUCAUGGCUUAGGUCUGAAAAUCAGAUUUUUCUUGUAUCUGUUUAAAGACCAGUAGGGUGGUAAAUUCACAUUUUCCCAGUUGCUGCUUUUCCAGCCUUGAUGCUCGACAGCCAGCACAAAUAAUCUGCAGCGACUUUUUUGCUUCAGUUUGGCCUCAUCCCAGCUCGACCCCAACUCCUCUGGAAACCUGUCAAAUGUUUACCAAGUGUUUAAUUUGAUCUGAAUUGUGAUCAGCCUGAUGGAGAGACGUGCAUUGAUAAGUGUUGAAGUAACAAUAUAUAGGCACUACGUUGCUGGGAACGCGAUUUGAGCUAAGUCCCUGCAGAGGUUUGGGGUCUGAGCUGUGGAACAUUUAUACGACUCCACAGCCGGCGCUUCUGUUGCAGGGCAAGAAAAGAAACGGAUGAUUACUGUUGUCUCCAUGAGUCAAAAGUGAAAACCAAUUUUACAGAUUUGGAUACAGCAAACAGUCAUUUGUACAGUAGAGCAGCUGACUUUGGAGAAGUUUUGAUAUCGGAGGUUAUUUAAAAGCUUUCAGUAAAUAUAAGAUAUCCGAGCUAUAAAUCAAACCCGUUGAAAGCUUGUUUGUGUCAGAUCCAGUGUAUCAUAGGAAUAUUUUUCAAAAACAAGAACAAAAUGUCACAUUAGUAAUGAAAGUAUCUCCAGGUAUAUUAACCAGUGUUUACAUGUCGUCUGUUUUGAUGUUAAAUAUGAUAAUCGAGUGAUAAAGCACCUCAGCCCCAUCAAGUUUACAGUUUGUGCUGGUAUCCCUGGAGCUCUUGAUCAUUUGAAGGAGGAUCACACACAUACUCUUUAUUUCAGUAACAGUCACAAAACAGAGACCCUGGGUCUCUGCAGUCCUCCUCCUUCAAAUGUCCAAUAUAUAGUAUUAAAAAAAAAUUCCAAAGAACUGAGGUUUGACCUGUGACCUGCCUGCAAGACUCAUUCAGGAGUGGCUUUUGUACAGAUCAGUGCUGUCUAACAUGCUGCUGUAGCCUUCGAAAUCAAAGCACUGCAGUGAAAUUUGGUAUGAGGGUAGUGGGGGGGCAAGAUGGUGGGGACGAGGUAACAGAUGGAUUAAAGUGAGCGAAACUCUGGGAUGAGAGGGACAGAUGGCACUGACACAGAGACUGGAAGUGAGGCCACCACCAUGAGGGUGGGACAAAAAAACAAAUGGGGCAUUUAGAGGGUGGUGGACUCCUGUGUACAAACCGCCGUGAUGCCUUCAAGUGUAAAUAUUGAAUGUACAUACUCUGUAUGAAUGUUUAAAAAACAUCAUGUAUUGUUACUUCAGCACUUUGUACUGUAUAUUGUUUGCCCUUGAAAAUAAACAGACUUGGUUAAAACCUGGCUACAGCCUGCGUAGGAGCGUCCCCCAGCAUCAGUCAAUC